GCUAGUGUAGUAUUAGUAUUAAGUGGAAACUUUGGAAACAGCUAUAUAACUUUUUUCCCUUUUCUCCAUGAUUCAUUGAUUAUUUGUGAAAAAUAUGCAGAGCCGACGUGAGCUUCACGCGCCACCGUAACCAUAAAGAAGAUACCUGAAGGAGAAGAAGAAACAAACAAGCCAUGGGAUGUGCAGCCUCCAAGCUCGAUAACGAAGAUUCUGUACGCCGGUGUAAGGAUCGCCGCCGUCUGAUGAAAGAAGCUGUCUUCGCUCGUCAUCAUCUCGCCGCCGCUCACGCCGAUUACUGCCGCUCCCUUCGUUUCACUGGAUCUGCUCUCUCCUCAUUCGCCGCCGGUGAGCCUCUUUCUGUUUCGGAUCAGACUCCGGCGGUUUUCCUCCAUCCUCCUCCACCUCCUCUUUCUGAACAAUCUCCGGCUAAAUUAGUCCCUCCACGUUUUCCUCCGUCGCCUCCUCCAAUGUCUCCCUCUGUUGCUAGUACCAAGCAGUCUUCAGUCAGUUCCGUCUCUUCAAAUCGACGAAGGAAACAGCCACCCAAACCUAAGCUGCCUCAUAUACUCUCGGAGUCUAGUCCUUCGUCUUCUCCGAGAAGCGAGAGAUCCAAUUUCAUGCCCAAUUUUUAUCCCGGAGCUUAUCAGAACUCUACUUACUCCGCUACUCCUUCUCAUGCCUCCUCCGUCUGGAACUGGGAAAAUUUCUACCCUCCUUCUCCUCCAGAUUCCGAAUUCUUCAAUCGGAAGGCUCAAGAGAAGAAACAGAACUCCGAUCAUCGCUAUAACCAUGAGGAUACUGAAACAGAGAGGUCAGAGUAUGAUUUCUUCGACACGAGUAAGCAAAAGCAGAAGCAGUUCGAAUCAAUGAGCAAUGCGGUUGAGGAGGAGACGGAGACAGAGAGAGAAGAAGUACAUUGUAGUGAAUGGGAGGAUCACGAUCAUUACAGCACCACGAGUUCCGAGGAAGAAGAAGAUGACGAUAGAGAGUCAAUUUCUGAAAUCGGGACACGCUCCGACCUUGGAUCUACGGUGAGAACUAAUUCGAUGAGACCGCAUCAUCAGCAACCUUCGCCAAUGCCGCGAGAAUACGGCGGCGCUGAACAAGGAAAAUAUGACAAAGCAGAUGAUGCGACGAUGUCUCCUGGUAGCUAUAGAGGCGGAGGAGAGAUCACUGACAUGAAGAUGGUGGUAAGGCAUAGGGAUUUGAAAGAAAUCGUGGAUGCGAUUAAGGAGAAUUUUGACAAAGCGGCCUCGGCUGGCGAUCAAGUGUCUCAGAUGCUUGAGCUCGGCCGAGCUGAGCUCGAUCGCAGUUUCAGCCAGUUGAAGAAAACGGUGAUUCAUUCGAGUAGCAUAUUAAGCAACUUGAGCUCAACAUGGACAUCGAAGCCACCAUUGGCAGUCAAGUACAGGCUAGACACGACGGCGCUGGAUCAACCCAGCAGUUCUAAGAGCCUUUGUUCCACUCUUGACCGUCUCUUGGCAUGGGAGAAGAAGCUCUAUGAAGAAAUUAAGGCUAGAGAAGGAUUCAAGAUUGAACAUGAGAAGAAGUUAUCACAACUUCAAAGCCAAGAGUAUAAAGGGGAGGAUGAAGCUAAGCUAAACAAGACAAAGGCCUCUAUAACGAGGUUACAGUCAUUGAUAAUUGUUACUUCUCAAGCUGUUACAACCACAUCUACUGCCAUAAUCCGUCUUCGUGAUACCGACCUUGUUCCACAACUCGUUGAGCUCUGUCAUGGCUUUAUGUACAUGUGGAAAUCUAUGCAUCAAUACCAUGAGACUCAGAACAGCAUUGUGGAGCAAGUCCGGGGGCUCAUUAACAGAUCAGGGAAAGGUGAAUCAACCUCUGAGCUACACCGACAAGCAACACGUGACUUGGAAUCAGCUGUCUCUUCUUGGCACACCAAUUUCAGUCGUCUAAUUAAAUUCCAACGUGACUUCAUACACUCGGUCCACACCUGGUUCAAGCUAACCCUUCUCCCAGUUUGCCAAGAAGACGCCAAUAGUAAUCACAAAGAGCCACUUGAUGCAUACGCCUUCUGCGAUGAGUGGAAACUCGCUCUAGAUCGUGUUCCCGAUACAGUCGCAUCCGAAGCAAUCAAGAGUUUCAUCAAUGUUGUGCAUGUGAUUUCCGUGAAACAAGCUGAUGAACACAAGAUAAAGAAAAGAACAGAAUCAGCAUCAAAAGAUCUCGAGAAGAAAGCUUCUUCGCUUAGAAACCUAGAGAGGAAAUAUUACCAGUCAUAUUCAAUGGUCGGUGUCGGUUUACCAGAUUCAGGACCUGAUAACCAACACAUGUUAGAUGCUCGAGACCCACUAAGCGAUAAAAAGUCAGAGCUUGCGGUUUGCCAACGAAGAGUUGAGGAAGAGAUGGUGAAAUACUCAAAGGCAAUAGAAGUGACAAGAGCCAUGACUUUAAAUAAUCUGCAGACAGGGUUGCCUGGUGUGUUCCAAUCUUUAACAAGUUUUUCUGCUUUGUUCAUGGAGUCUCUCCAAACGGUAUGCACUCGCUCAUACUCUAUCAAAUAGACAUUAUAUUAUAUUCACACAUAUUUAUUGAUAUUCUUACACAGAGUUAUGUUAACUAUAACAAAGCUUCAACUCUUAAAAUAUUUCGUAUGGCUCUCUCGUCUUUUGUCCUUGAUUA